UUCUGCGCAAAACAACAAAUCACUCAUCAGUGUUUCACUUCCAAUCUUUGCUAUCAAAUUCUUGCUUUCAUCCAACUUGUUCCUUUCAUUAUCUGUGCUCUAUCCUUCUUUUCAACAUCUUCUGCUACCCUUCUGACAUCACCUCACAUCCUUUUACAUCUUACCUUACUUCUUCCUUGUUUCCUUCUCACAUAUUAAUUAAUUUUAUUCGUUUUCUUCUUUGUUUCUUGUCUGGCUAUUUUUGUUUGGAAUCUGUGUAUGUACAUUUCUCAAAUUAAACUCCCAAAAAAAUAAAAAAGAAUUAGAUAUGACCGAGGCUUUCGACUCAUUUGCUUAUUUUUGCUUCUUUUUGUUUCUUGUUUAAUUUUUACUUUCCGCUUCUGUAUAAUUUCCUGCCUUUUACAUUCCUUUACCAGAAAAAAAAAAAAAAAAUUCCCACUUUUCCACUUCUAUUAUCACAAACUGACCAGUGAUAUCACUGCAUUAUCUAUUUGAUUUACUUUGCAUUUGCCCCUCACCUAUUUCUCUAAACCAAGGAGAAAAGGGGAAAAAAAAAAUCAGGAAGAUUAUGGGUGAUUCUGUAAGUCUUUCUUGCUUUGCAAACAAAGUUUUUGACAAGGUUUUUGAUCCAGUUGUUGCCUACCUUGUCAUAAAUCCAAUCACUGCUCUGUACUUGUGGAAGCAAAAUGUUACGAAACUAACGGCUAAACUGGGUGAGCUGGCCAUUAGGAAAGGGGACCUGCAGCACAGAGUUUAUGAAGCUCAGCAAAGGGGGGAGGAGAUUUUGGAGAAGGUCAAGCAGUGGAUGAGUGAAGCGGACAAGCACAUCAGUGGAAAGGGAAAAGACGAAAUAGAUGAAUUAAAAGCAAAGGCCGAGCGAAAUUGUUGCUUUCGGUGGUGUCCUAAUCCCAAGGCUAUCUAUGAUCUUAGUGAGAAAGCUAAGGAGUAUGCUGCAGUUGUCGAUCAACUCAUCAAAGAGGAUUUCGAAGGGGUUUCCUGCUUUCUUUUUCAGAAAGAGGAAAGUAUUGUUUCAGGGGAUGAUUUUGUUGUCUUUGAAUCAAGAAAGAAGGUUUUGGACGAGAUCAUGAGGGCACUACAGAGUCCAACUGUUGACAUGAUAGGGGUGCGCGGGAUGCUUGGUAUGGGGAAGACGACGCUGGUGAAAGAAGUUAAAAGAAAAGCUGAGCAAGGGAAAUUGUUUGAUGUUGUGGUCAUGGCUAAAGUGACAAGGAAUCCUGACUUGACAAAAAUUGUGGAGGAAAUCGCACGUGGCUUGGGCAUGUUUCAGCUUCCUAAAGAACUCUCUCCUCGGCAGGUAGCUGAUCGAAUAAAUGAACAGCUGAGAAAAAAGAAUGCGCUUGUAAUUUUGGAUGAUAUUUGGGAGAAAAUAGAUUUGGAGGAGGGUCUUGGAAUUCCUUCUAGAAGCAAGCAGAAGCGUCCUGUAGCAGAGCAACGGAAUAAGGAGAGCUCAUCAAGAGAAGGACAAAAGGUGUGUAAGGUUUUACUUACAUCCAGAGAACAAAAAGCUCUAUCAGAAAAGAUGGGUGUUAAAAAUGAAAACAUUUUCCAUGUUAACAAGUUGGAAGAUGAUGAGGCUAGGGAGCUGUUUAAGUUGAGAGUUGAAGAUGAUAUUGAAAGCUCUCACCGAUCGGAAGUUACUGAGAUUGUGAAGAGAUGUUGCGGACUGCCACUUGCCAUUGAAAAAAUGGCAAUAGCUUUGAGAGGAAAGGAAGAUCGUUACUGGAAUUCUUUAUUGCAAGAACUUAAGGCCUCUAAGGAUGGAGAAUAUGCUGUUGUUCGUUCAGCUAUUGAGUUCAGUUUUAAACGGUUGGAAAGCGAAGAACUCCAGCACACUUUUUUGCUUUGCUGUCUAAUGGGCCACAAUGCGUCCAUUGAAGACUUAAUGGAAUAUGGUACUGGCUUGAAAUUAUUCCCACAAUUCAACAAAAUAGAGGACUUCCGAGUUGCAGCACUCUAUUUGGUGAAUAUGCUCCGAGACUCUUCUUUGUUACUUAAUGGUCCUACCAACAUGCAGUUCGACAUGCAAGAUGCCGUUCAGGAUGCUGGCAUGUCAAUUGCUUCCAGGGAUGGAAGCGUGUUAGCUUCCAAAGAUGAAGAUGCAGCAGCGGUGUGGCCAGAAGAGGAGGCAAUAUCUGAAAAACUCAAGUGGAUUUAUUUGUCAAAUGCUGAUAUUAGUCAACUUUUUCAUGAGUUGGAGUUGGUGGACAAUUCUGAAGGAGGGUGCCAUCAAAAGGUACAAUUUCCUCAGCUUACUUUCUUUCAUUUGUCUAAUAAGUAUCCUUCAGAAACUGCAGUCCCAGCAGACUUUUUCAAGGGAAUGAAAAACCUCAGAGUCUUGAGUUUGACUAAAAUGCAUUUCCCAUCGAUACCUCAAUCAGUUUCCCUCCUAACAAACCUUCAAACUUUGCGCCUCAAUCAAAGUAAGUUAGGAGCACUAGAAGGCAUGGGAGAGAUUAUAGGAAAGUUGAGUAGCUUACAAGUCCUCAACCUUGCUGGAUGUGAUAUUACUAAGCUGCCAAAGGAAAUAGCAUGCUUGACGAGGUUAAAGUUGCUAGAUAUGAGUGACUGUACCAAUCUCAAAGAAAAUCAAAAGGAAAAUGCUAGCCUUGCUGAAUUGAAGCAUUUGCAGAAAUUGACUACUUUAGAGUACCGGGACACUUCUUCUGAAAACUCAAAAAUACUGAAGUUGGAAUUAAGGGCAUGCAGUUCUCAUAGUGCAGUUACAAAGUUAUUAAAAGUCUCUGAAGAACUACAUCUAGAGGGAUUGCCUGGUGUUAAGAAUGUGGUUUAUAAGUUAGACAAUGAAGGUUUUCAGAAACUAAGAUAUCUGUAUGUUCGAAGUGCUCCCGAGAUUCAAUUUAUGAUUGAUUCAGAGAGGUUGGCCUGUAGCAACGCAUUUCCAGUCUUGGAGGGGUUGGUUCUUCAAAUUUUGAAUUUAAUGGAGAAGAUAUGUCAUGAUCGGGGCCUGCAUGGAGCAGCAUCUUUUAGCAAAUUAAGGAUCAUAACCGUUGAAUGUUGUCAUCAGCUCAAGAAUUUGUUCUACUUGUCUGUAGUGAAACAGCUUCUCCAACUCCAAAAAAUUACCUUGAGAGACUGUGAGAUCAUUGAAGUGAUUGUUGCUGAAGAGGCACAAGUAACUGUCCACGAGAUUGAGGAACCAGCUACAAAAAUUGAGCUUGGCCAAGUACAGUCCCUGAGAUUAGGGAAACUGCCUAAUUUUAUUUGUCUCUCCCAGGAAAAGAAUAGUAGCAUCAGAGAUCAAGAAAGGAGUCAGUUGACAACCUCUAGACGUAGGUCACUUUUCAAUGAAAAGGUUAUUUUCCGAAUGCUUGAGGAGUUGGAACUGACUGAUAUUAAGAUUGGCAAGAUAUGGAACACUUCAGCAACAACUGAAUGCGUUCAGAAGCUUGCCAAAUUGAGCAUUAAUUGUUUCCUGUUGUGAUUUAAAAUAUCUAUUCACAUCCUCUUUGGCUAAUGGUCUGGUGAAGCUUCUUCACCUUGAAGUAGAAGACUGCAAGAGUUUGAGAGAAAUCAUCGCCACGGAGUCUGGUCCUGAAAUAGGUAAUACAGAAUAAUUCUUUUC